CGUCUGUGUUCGUAACGCUGACAACAACUGGCUGGUUGCUCUUGCGAAUGCCAAUUUACAUAUUAUAUAUACCCAUAUAUAUUGAUAAAGAUUCGCAUGGCAAUGACGCAACCACUAGCCGAGUUCUUUGAGGGCACCGAGAUCUUUGUGACAGGUGGCUCCGGUGUUGUUGGCAAGGCACUGAUCGAGAAGCUGCUCCGAUCCUGUAAUGUGCGACGCAUCUUUGUGCUGCUUCGUCCGCGCCGAGAGCUGAACGUCGAGCAGCGGCUGGCCAAGCUCCGACAGGCCGCGAUCUUUCAAGUGCUGCGUGUCCAAAAGCCAAACGAGCUGGACAAACUGGUUGCCAUACCGGGAGAUGUCUCGCAGCAGGCACUGGGCAUCGAUGCCAACCACCUAAAGCUGCUCACCCAGGUCUCGCUGGUGUUUCACUGUGCGGCAACGGUACGCUUUGAUGAACCGUUGCGCGUCGCCCUUCAGCUCAAUGUGGGCGGCACUCUGGAGGCACUCAAAUUUGCCGAGCAACUGCGUCAUCUGCGGGUCUUUGUUCACGUCUCCACCUUCUUCAGCAAUCCGUAUUUGCAGCGUGUGGAGCCCAAGUACUAUUCCUCGCCCAUGGAUUGGCGCCUGUGCCUGCGUCUGUUGCAUGAGAUCAAGGACGAUGACGAGCUGGAUGCGCUCACCCGCAAACUGAUUGUGGGAUUUCCUAAUACGUACACAUUUACAAAAAAUCUGGCCGAAUCCUUGAUUAACGAUUAUCGUACACGCCUGCCUGUUAUCGUUUAUCGGCCUUCAAUAGUUUUAUUUGCGGUACGUGAUCCGUUGCCUGGCUAUGCCCCCUCUCUGAUGGGCGCCAUGGGUUUAUUUUCGCUUGUUGGUGCCGGACUGCUCAAGACCGUAUAUAUAGGAAAUACGGUGCAUCUGGACAUAACGCCGCAGGAUAUGGGCAUUAAGGGCAUGAUAUACUAUACCAAAUGCGGUUACGAUGCCUACCAGCAGGGCACGCCUAAGGAGCUGUUGGUGUUUCAGACCUCAUCUCGCACACACAUACCGUACACCUUUAAGGAAAUGGCUAAUCACAUGGAUGACUACGAUCUGUGGUACACUGGCGCCUUUCUCAACAAUCUAAUGGUGCCGGGCUGCCACUAUACGGAUAAUCGUUUUGUCUACAAAUUCCUGGUUUUUACCAAGCAGUUAAUACCCGCACUGCUGGUUGAUCUGCUGAUGGUGCUCUUCCGACGCCCACCGGUGCUAAUGCCAAUUAUGCGAAAGCUCUACCACACGCUCGAGGUGAUGAAACCCUUCAUGCUCAACAACUACGAUAGUCCCGGCACCUCAAAAAUUCAGCACUUGCUGCAGGAAACCAAGGGCACCGAGUUUGAUCUAUGCGAAGAAUACAGUACGAAUUAUAAUCCCGAGCGCCUGACGUCCGCCUGUAGUAAUAUGAUAUUGAGCAUACGCCAUGAUCUGCUCAAAGAGCAUCCGAGCACUCUUCCCCGUGCCCAGCUUAUAAUGCGCAUCAAGACAGUCGUCUACAGAGCCAUACUCAUAUAUCUGCUCUACAAGAUGCUGAGCUGGCUGUGGUAUCACUUUCUGGUCUAGUUGCCGAGACGAUAUUCGAAUUCGAAUUGUUUUUAUCCUUGGAACUUCAGAGAAGCACUUAAAAGACUUUACAAAGUUUCAGAGCGUUUUCAGCUGACACUUGAUUCAUAUCAAAAAACUACAGAUUCUAUAUCUAUAGUUUUGUUAAACAUCAGCGUGUUUUAAAUGUCUGUGACUAUUUACAAAUAUUGAAUACCUUUUUUAGAUUCCUGAAAUCAAAUUCAGGGAUUAAUAAUCUCUUUUACACAAAUAUUUGCUUACUUUUAAAAUCAGUCUGUAGUUUUCGAAUAUACAUUUUGUUAAAUUUUUGUCUGCAGGAAAAUUGUUACUUUGCUUUAAGAACUCUGCUUCCAAGGAUAUUUCAACUUCGGCGGACCGAAGGAAUGGUUUUUUUUUGUUAGCCCUAAGUAACCAAUCACUAGCAUUAUCCAAAUAAAACCUUUGGCAUGCGAAAGAAAACAAUAACAAAUGUU